AUGUGGGACCUGUCCAACUAUGCAUUGGCCUACUGCACUCCAAACCCAUCCAUCUCCUGGUUCUGGAGUAUUCCACUGCUGAUGUGUGUGGUGAGGGGGGCGUGGUUCAGCGAAGUCUGCAGCGGGCGAGAGCAUCGGGGGCGAGAGAUUCUCCCUGUCUCUAUCGAGAGUCCAGUAGAGAAGGAAUCUGUAGAUAUCCCAGUCUGCUACGCCCCCUUCAGUGAUGUAUUCUGCCAUAAGAAGACUUCAGAGUUGCCUCCACAUCGGCCAUGGGAUUGUGUCAUCGAUCUGAUAUCAGGUCAGGCAGUGCCCCACGUUGUAGAAGAGGCUUUACAACAAGGCUACAUCCACCCUUCGAUGUCCCCUGCUGUUUCGAGACACAUUAGAGUCACCAUUUUCAGCAACUUAGACCUCUGCAGUGCCUAUAAACUCAUCUGGAUACGUGAGGUGGACGAGUGGAAGACAGCUUUUGUGACCCCUUCUGGCCACUAUGUAUAUCUCGUCAUGCCUUAUAGAUUGGUCAGCGCUCCCUCCAUAUUCCAGUAUUUCAUGCAUGAGGUGCUCCGGAAGUUCCUCCAUCAGUUUUUGCUCAUCUACAUUGAUGAUAUCCUCAUCUACUCCCGAAGUAUGGCCGAACAUCACCAGCAUGUUGCCGAGGUCAUGGAAUGCCUGAGAGAAUGGACGAAAGGGAAGGUUGAAGCCAUACAAAACUGGCCCACACCUACCACCAUCAAAGAACUCCAAAACAUUUUGGGAUUUGCUCAUUUCUACCGGUGGUUCAUCCGGAAAUACAUCUCCAUCACCAAUCCAUUUACCAGUCUGCUCAAAAACAAGCCCAAGUGUUUGUCCUGGACUCAACCUGCCACAGAAGCCUUCCAAACCUUCACCAAUGCACUGCUCCUCAUUCACUCUGACACCAGCAAACCUUUCAUCGUGGAAGUGGAUGCAUCAACCACCAGGAACCAGUUCCUGGGCUGGGCUGAGUAUGAGCAGAACUACUCAUGUGCAUACUCGGUUGCCAGCUUUCUCUGUUCUGGUGGUCUGGGGGAUCAUCGGUUGUCCCAUCGGUCAACUACUGGUUCCGAGUUUGAGAGGGUCUGGGAUGCAGCUGGAUGUCUGGCAAAUGAAGACCCCAACUUUCCCGCCUGGACAGAAGGUGUGUCUGAUGUUUAUACAGACAGAGUGUCCGUAUCAGUGAUGGAGGGAGAUUCAGUCACUCUAAACACUGGUGUUAAAACAAACCAACAAGAGGAUAUUAAAUGGUAUUUCAGUGGCUUACUCGUUGCUCACAUCAUUGGAGAUCAGAGUUUUAUCUGUACAGAUGUUCAGUGUAAUGCAGGUACUGAGAGAUUCAGAGACAGACUGAAGCUGGAUCAUCAGACUGGAUCUCUGACCAUCAUGAACAUCACAAACACAGACUCUGGAGAUUAUAAACUACAGAUCUUCAGCAGCAGUGACAGUGAAAAGAUCUUCAAUGUUACUGUCAUUGGUGUUUCUGCUGUUGAACGAGAUGAAAUAAAGUCAGUGAAGGAGGGAGAAUCUGUCACUUUAGAUCCUGGUGUAAUUAAACGCCCAAAUGAUGUGAUGACGUGGCAUUUUAAUGACCUUCUCAUCGCUGAAAUCACUGGAGAUCAGAGUAAGAUCUGUACAGAUGAUGAGUGUGAUGAGAGAUUCAGAGACAGACUGAAGCUGGAUCAUCAGACUGGAUCUCUGACCAUCACAAACACCGGAACCACAGACUCUGGACAUUAUGAACUGAGAAUCAGCAGCAGUAGCAACAACAGCUUCAGUUUUAGGAGGAUCAAGAGUUUCAGUUUUACUGUCACUGGUUCUGUUCCAGGUUCAGGUCUGUCUCCAGGUAAAAUAGCAGGAAUAUGUGCUGCUGUUAUUGUUCUGCUGGUGGCGCAGCUGUAACUGUUGGCGUGUUUUGCUGCCAUCGCCACAGGAGCCAUAAAGCAGUAUCACAGAAUGAGAAUAAUAUUGUGCCACCUGAUCUGGAUGAAGUUCCUUUGGAGGAAAAGGAUAUGUACUUAAAUCAGACUAAACAUAAAACAACGUAAAAUCAUUAAUUUCGAUACUUUGAUUGAAAUGGACACUGAAGAGAAUUAGGACAUGAUGAAAAACUAGAAGACACUCCCCAGUUGUUGAUUUUUCUUUCUAAUUUCUCAGAAGGCCUCUAGGGCAGUAAGUCAAACAGGCCCAGCAAAUUUCUUUCUGAUCGGCCUCCAUUAACCUCUUCUGAUAGCUGCUCAAAACAUUGGCUAACGGCGACUGGUUUUCAAGAUGUGCGAAAGUCCUCAAAGGCAGUCUUGGCACCUUGGACAAAGACACUGCAUGCCAAUUUUCAAGUCUGUUAGACUAAGGGUUGAAUCAUUGCAGUCAUUUUUCUGUUUUUCCUUGUUAUGGUGCUGCCGAGUUGCCAGUCGCUGUGUCCUUUUUCAUGCAACCACAGAAUGAGCUCUUGCAUAUCUGCGCCAAGUUUGGUGAAAAUAUCUUAUCCCGGUCACAAGUUUUAGUGAAAGUGGCCCAACCCACUUUUAACACUUUGGCGCAAUUUAUCGGCCUUGAAAUGUCAACUUUUUUGAUAAUUACUGACAGUUGGUAAACUAAACCAAGGAGUAGUUUACAAAAGUUUUUUUUAGUUUUUUUUUUGUUUUUUUUUUAAAUUGUAAAUACCUGAAAAAUUUGCCUCAGUGGAAUCUGACUUGAGCCAAGGAUUCCAACGAUAUAAGAUACUUGAGCCAACAACUAACAUUUUAGGAGUUAUGAGUGAUCUCAUACUUUUCACCACUGUAGCGCCCCCAUCAGGUCGAUUGGGGCGAGCCUUGGUGACAUUGUAGACCAGGGAUCCUCAAAUCUGGCCACUUUCCUGCAGAGUUUAGCUCUAAACCCAAUCACACACACCCUGAGCAUAUUAAUCAAUGUCUCCAGGAUCAUUAGAAAAUCACAGGUAGGUGAGUUUGAUCAGAGUUGGAGCUAAACUCUGCAGCCCCUCCAGGGCCAGAUUUGAGGAACCCUGUUGUAGACUGCGAGUACUACCAGCCCUCAGUGUCAAGUCUCUAUGAUUUAUGGUUUGGUCUGCCCAGUCACUCUUAGGGAAGAAAUGCUGAUCCUUGGAAACUGUAACAAUUACAAUAGGCUUUUGUUGGAAACUCCGAAUAGAAGACCAGGAGACUCUUGGGUAUUGAUGUAUUGUUUGUCUGUAGGAAUAUUACAGCAGCAUUUCUACGUGUGUGUGUGUGUGUGUGUGUGUGUGUGUGUGUGCGUAUACACUUUAAAAAAAUUUAAUAUGCACUUUUUUUUUUUUUUUUAACCCAACUCUUGGGUUUGUCCAUAUUUGACCCAAAUUUUGGUUGAAACAACUCAGUAUUUUGAGAGUGUACUUAAUAUAAUAGUGAGACUGUUUUAAGUCUUCAUAUAUUUGGGAGAUAUUAUCUAUAUUGAACAAAACAUCUGUGACAUUUUAUGAAGUGCAGAUUAGUUUAUUUUAUUUAGACCUGUCGUGUCACCUGUCUUCCAUCUCAUGUCUCUUUCAAUUCUGUGUUCAGCAGUAAAUGUAAAGUGUCUUUUUUUAAUUAUUAUUGUAUUUUGCUGAUGUGUUUGUCUUGCAGAAUAUUAUCACUUUUUGAUAAAGACUGCCUUUACUUAAAUAAUCUAAUCAGCCAGUCGAGCCUUCAGCUAGCUGACUUUUCUUUUGGCAGCAUCUUGUUUCUUUGUUUCCAUUUUUGUAUUUUUCUUUCAUCUUGUGCUCAUUUUCUUUUCUGUUAAUUUUAAGUGUCUUGAAGUAAAACCCACAACACUGUUUUUGUUUGUUUGUUUGUUUGUUUGUUUUCAGGGGAAAAACAAGGAACUUCAAAGAUCUUUGUAUAUUUUAUGUGAUAUUUAUUUGACGCUUGGGCCAAAGUUAGUAAGAGGAAACAAAACAUAACUAUAUAAACCUCAUGACUUAAGUAACAAGCUGACGUAAUUGAGAAACCCAGAUUUGCUAGUAACAGAGAGUUUGCUGAAUUAUUACACAUGAAGAACCAAUCAUAUUAGAGAAAAAAUAUGUAAUGUAUCAUGUCACUUUUGUCAUGCACUUUGUAUAAACUGUUGUACUCUUUUUGUUGGGGGGGAUUCUCUGCAAAACUGGUCUGAGAUCCUCCAAGCCAUGAUUAAAGCAUUUCAAAGG